AUGGUGACCACGAGAAACACUAGCACUGAGGAGACGAGCGGAAUUGUGCGCGCUCUGGAGAUGAGGAUGGAAGAGAUGCAAAGGAGACACGAAGAAAUGCAAAAGAAACACGAAGAGGAGAUGGCGGCCGUGCGUGCCGAGUGUCUGGCCCAGCUCCGCGGGGAGAAGGAAAAGCAAACGGGGGAAGGUAGCAAGGAGGCCCACAGUAGUGCACAAGGUCAGGGCGACCAGGAGAAGGGGAAGCAGAAAAAUACCGAAGAGGAGGAGAAGGAGAAGGGAGAAGAAAGUCUGGUUUUAAUUAAAUCAGAGAUGCCAUCGGUUCCGGUGCCGUUCGUCCAAGCUGUGAUGGACGUCCGCAUCUCGGAUCAGUUCAUUCCCCCGCAGUUCAAAAUGUAUGAUGGCACCGGAGACCCCGAGGCACACAUCAAGUCGUUCACCAACGCCAUGGCCUUCCGGACGGGAAGCGACGCCAUCUGGUGCCGGGCGUUCUCUCUGUCCCUAGAGGGUGAGGCCUUGGAGUGGUUCAACUCCUUACCCAACGGCUCGGUAGAAAACUUCAAAGGGCUGAGCGGCAUGUUCAAUGAGCAGUUCGCCGCCUGCCGGCUGCAUGAUAUCACUCUGGUGGAUUUGAUGAAUCUGAAGCAAGGAAAGGAGGAGCCGCUCAGAACCUUCAUGGACCGAUUCACAAAAACGGUACGCCAGGUCAGAGGGUUGAGUGUGGAAAUGGCCCUACAAUAUGUGAUGCCGGCUCUCAGGCCAGGACCUUUUAAGGAGAGCGUCUGCCGAACUCCACCUAAAACUUUAGAAGAAUUACGCCAACGGGCGGCAGACGAGGCAAGGGUGGAAGAAAUGAAACAGAAUUAUCGACGGGAAGCACAGGACGCGAAGGAUAAGGGCGAGGGAAAACAACAGGGUCAAUCCCAACGCCCGGGCGGUGUAAAGGGGCGAGAUGGCCCCCGGGUUCCUCGCUUCUCCCAAUACACACCCCUCAACGCCCCCAGGGCUCGAAUAUUGCAGGAAGCCCUAAGCACGCAGGUGAUGCGGACCCCGCAAAAGCGUCCAACUCCUCUGGGAGCCGACAAUAGUAAACACUGCCUAUACCAUCAGAAUAUGGGGCACGAUACCGAAGACUGCAUGACACUCAAAGAUCGGAUAAAAGAGCUCAUCCAAGCCGGACAUUUGAAGCAGUACGUUAGGGGAUACCGAAACGAAGCGACUCCCGCUGCGCGACCGCCCCCUCGGGAAAGGAGUCCAAGGCCCUUAUCUAAUAGGGGUCAUAGGAACGACCGUCCUCGAUAUCAGCGCGGCCAGGACGGAAGGGGAAGGAGUUUGGAGCAACGGCGGGAGAGAAGCAGAAGUCGUAGCAGGAGUCGAACGGGCGGUAAUGCAGGGCCAUUGCGGGGAAUGAUUAACACGAUCUCUGGCGGAUUUGCAGGUGGGGGAACGUCGUCGUCUGCGCGAAAGAGAAGCAUCCGUCAUCUGCGGUCCAUACACGCCGUUGACGUCCCCAAGCGAACAAUGCCCCCCAUCACGUUCUCUGAUGCAGACUUUCAUGCACCGGACCCCGAACAGGAUGACCCAAUGGUCAUUACGGUCGAGAUCGCGCGCUAUGGAGUAAGCAAGGUGCUAGUCGACCUAGGAAGCUCGGUCAACAUACUCUACUGGAAGACGUUCCGGCAAAUGGACAUCUCCGAGGACCUCAUCGUCCCAUACGAUGAACAACUGGUGGGUUUCGCGGGUGAACGGGUCGACACCAGGGGAUAUCUGGACCUGUGGACGCGUAUCGGGACCGGGCGAGAGGGAGAAGAGAAAAAGGUGCGAUAUUUGUUGGUGGAUGCUAAUACAUCUUACAACGUCCUCAUAGGACGUCCGUGUUUGAACUCCUUUGGGGCCAUCGUCUCCACCCCCCAUCUGACAAUGAAGUAUCCCACGUCUCGAGGGACGAUCUGCACCGUCCGGGCCGAUCAGAAAGUGGCACGGGAAUGUUACGCAGCUGGUCUCAAAAUGUAUCCCCGAGAGACAAGGCGAAGGGUAGGUGGUGCAAGUGUCGCGAUGGCCGACCUGGAUCCUCACACUAACACCGAGGACCGCCUCGAGCCACAAGGGGAAACCCAACCAAUGAUAGUGGGAAAGGACCCCAACCAGGUUACCUUCAUAGCCCGAGAGCUAGAGGAAGAGACGGAAAGGCAGCUACGGGCUACCCUUUGGCGUAACCGGGACCUUUUCGCAUGGACGGCCGCUGACAUACCAGGGAUCCACCCCUCUAUCAUGUCGCACCGUCUGUCCUUGUUUAGGGAAGCCAGGUCGAUAGCCCAAAAGAAGAGAAAGAUGGGAGAAGAGAAGAGGCAGACAAUCCAGGAGGAGGUAAGGAAAUUGCAGAUGACUGGGUUCAUCCGAGAGGUUACUUACACCACCUGGCUAGCCAACGUAGUCAUGGUGAAAAAAUCGAAUGGUCAGUGGCGAAUGUGUACAGACUACACUGACCUAAACAAAGCUUGCCCGAAAGAUUCAUAUCCACUGCCCAACAUCGAUGUCCUCGUGGACAGGGCGUCCGGACAUCAGAUUCUUAGCUUCCUGGAUGCUUAUUCAGGAUACAACCAGAUACCCAUGCACAGUCCCGACAGAGAAAAGACGGCCUUCAUGGCCGAUCAAGCCAACUUAUGUUACGAAGUCAUGCCCUUCGGGCUCAAAAACGCCGGCGCCACUUACCAGCGUUUGAUGAACAAGAUCUUUGCUGACCAGAUAGGUCGUUGCCUGGACGUCUACGUCGACGACAUGGUCGUCCGAUCGGCACAAGGGGCCCAACAUUUGCAAGAUUUGGAGGAAGUCUUCAGACAGGUGAGACGAUAUGGGAUGCGACUGAAUCCGGCCAAGUGCACGUUCGGAGUAGCGGCCGGCAAAUUCCUGGGCUUCAUGCUGACGUCCCGGGGGAUCGAGGCCAACCCGGAUAAAUGCAGGGCGGUACUAGAGAUGCAGACCCCUCGAACAGUAAAGGAUGUGCAGAGGCUCGUCGGUCGUUUGACCGCACUGUCUCGAUUUGUACCGAAGUUGGCUGAACGGGCGGCUCCUAUCUUGAAAAAGAUGAAGAAAGCAUCAGCCAACAAUUGGGACGACGACAGUGAGGCAGCUUUCCAGGCAAUUAAAGGCGUCCUCACCCAGCCUCCCAUCAUGAACAGACCUUCUCCCGGCAACGACCUCCAGGUUUACCUGGGGCUCUCCGAAACCUCAGUCAGUGCAGUCUUGCUGCAAGAAAAACCCACCCCCAAGCUCAUAUACUUUGUCAGUCGGACACUGACCGACGUCGAAACCAGGUAUCAACAAGUGGAGAAAGUGGCCCUAGCCCUCCUUCAUGCUUCUCGAAGGUUGCGCCCAUAUUUCCAAAGCCACCAAGUGGUCGUGCGUACCGACCAUCCGGUAUCGAAAAUUCUAAGAAAGCCCGAUCUGGCCGGAAGGAUGGUGGGUUGGGCGGUAGAACUAUCUGAAUUUGGCAUCAAAUACGAGCCGAGGGGUUCCGUUAAAGGGCAACAUCUGGCCGAUUUCGCAGUGGAAAUACCAUUGACCGGUCCUGAAGAAUGGUUAUUAUACGUUGACGGGGCGUCAGGCCGAAUGGUUAGUGGCACGGGUGUCGUUCUCGAAGGUCCAAACGGGUUCCUGAUGGAACACUCGUUAAUCUUCAAGUUCAAAACCUCAAAUAACCAAGCAGAGUACGAAGCUUUGUUGGCCGGCUUACAACUGGCCAAGGAUAUAGGGCCCCGCAAAGUGAUAUGCCGGACCGACUCGCAGCUGGUGGUCGGUCAAAUGAACGGUGAUUUCCAGGUACGGGAGGACCACCUCCUAAGGUACUAUCACCAGGCUUGUUCUUUGGUGAAAGACUUCGAAGAGGUAAAAAUUGAGCAUAUCCCCCGGGAACAGAACGCCCGGGCCGACCUGCUGUCCAAACUCAGUACUGGAAAGGAGAAGGGACAGCUAACGACCGUUAUCCGACAGGUCCUUCUACAACCCUCGGUCGAAUGUUUAGCCAUCACGACGAGCGAUACUGCCAACUGGAGGGUCGAGAUUCGAGAGUUAAUCCGCAAGCAAGACAGCGGCGAGAGUUUAUGUCCAGCGGACUCCAAACGGGUUGCCCGGUUCAUGAUAAUCGGUAACGACCUGUACCACCGGGGUUUCUCGUCCCCCCUACUCAAAUGCUUGGCAGAGGACGAAGCACAGUAUGUGAUGAGCAAACUACACCUCGGAGUGUGUGGCUUCCACACGGGCGGACGAGCGCUCAAGGCCAAAAUAUUACGGGCGGGAUAUUACUGGCCGACGGUGGAAGACGAUGCUGCACAGUUCACCUGCCGGUGCAUUCAGUGCCAGGCCCAUGCCAACAAUCACCAUACCCCCUCGCAAAGAUUGCACACCAUCGUUUCUCCUUGGCCGUUCGCUCAGUGGGGAAUGGAUAUCGUGGGACCAUUCCCCCCGGCCACAGGUCAACGAAAAUUCUUGUUAGUAGCCAUCGACUACUUCACUAAGUGGGUGGAGGCCGAGCCUUUGGCCACCAUCACGGCUUCGCAAGUCCAGAAAUUCUGCUGGAAGCUUAUUUGCAUAUUUGGACUACCGUGA